AUGGACGCCCAGGGCACCCCAACAACCCCGAGCGCUCCCAGAAUCACAAUCGAAGACAAGCUCGAGAAGCACAAGUCCGGCUCGACCGUCGACGAGUGGUCGACAUGGCCGCGCCCCGGUCCUGAUGUCGGCUCCAGCUCUGGCAUCGCUGGCGGUAUCUACCACAGUCGUGACCUGAACCGUGUCUCUUCAAACCGCCUCUCGCGCGCUAUUACAAGGGAAUCGAAUGCCGAGGCUGAUGAAGGUGGUGAUGAUUGGCGUCGUGAUGACGGGAGGAAGAAGCAGGUCUUUACUGGGACGACGUUGAUGUGGUAUGUGCUUGCGUAUCAAUCUAUUGGUGUCAUCUACGGUGAUAUCGGAACCAGUCCUCUCUAUGUGUACUCGUCCACCUUCUCGGAUCUCCCGACCAAGAACGACCUCACUCAGGUUCUCUCACUUAUCAUCUGGUCCCUCACCCUCAUGGUCACGGUCAAAUAUGUCUUCAUCGUCUUGCACGCCGAUAACGAGGGCGAGGGUGGUACAUUCUCAUGCUACUCCCUCUUGACUCGAUUUGCCAACAUAACAAACUUCGAUCCCCGUGAAGAAGCAACAGUCCGCAUGGAACGGCACAACACCCAAGACGUGCGCCCCGUCACGCGCGGCAUUCGCACCGCCAUCGAAAAGUCCAAAUUCACACGAGGCUUCCUCAAGACGAUUGGUGUCCUCGCCGUCUCCAUGGUCAUCGCCGACGGCAUCCUAACCCCCGCUCAAUCCGUCCUCGGCGCCAUCCAGGGUCUAUCCGUCGUCAAGCCCGACAUCAGCACCUCCACCAUCGUCGGCACGACCUGCGGUAUCCUGGUCCUGCUCUUCCUGAUUCAGCCCUUGGGAACCACCAAACUCGCCACCACCUUUGCGCCCAUUGUCAUCAUCUGGCUGGGCUUCAACGGCGCCUUUGGAAUCUACAACCUUGUGAAAUACGAUUACACCGUUCUCAAGGCAUUCAGCCCGUACUACGCCAUCCACUUCUUCAUGGACAAAAAGACUGAGGGCUGGAAGAUGCUCGGCGGCGUUCUUCUCUGCUUCACCGGUGUCGAGGCCCUCUUCGCCGACCUGGGUGCCUUCAGCAUGCGCGCUGUGCAAAUGAGCUGGCUGCUCUGGACGUACCCGUGCCUGAUCCUCGCCUACAGCGGACAGGCCGCCCAUCUUGCCGUCAUGCCGGAGAAGUACACCAACCCCUUCUUCAACACCGUACCGCCCGGCAUGCUCUACCCCAGCUUGAUCCUCGCCGUGCUCGCCGCCAUCGUCGCCUCGCAAGCCAUCAUCACGGCAACCUUCCAGCUUUCCAGCCAAAUCAUGAAGCUCUCCUACUGCCCGCAAAUGAAGGUCGUCCACACCUCCUCCACCUUCCACGGCCAAGUUUACGUGCCCCUCCUCAACUGGCUCCUCAUGCUCGGCACCAUCCUCGUCACCGCAGUCUACAACAACACCACCAGCCUGGGACACGCCUACGGCGUCUGCGUCAUCUUCGUCACCUUCUUCGACACCCUCAUGGUCACACUUGUCGCUAUCCUCGUCUGGCGUCUGCCGGUUUGGCUCAUUGUCCUCCCCUUCCUGGCCUUCGCCACCCUCGAUGGCCUAUACCUCUCCUCGGCGCUCAACAAGGUCCCCGACGGCGCGUGGUUCACACUGCUCAUCUCGGCCCUCAUGGCCGGCAUGUUCCUCCUCUGGCGCUUCGGCAAGGAGAACCAGUGGCGCGCUGAGGCUGAGGAUCGAUUCCAGCCCAGCACGCUCGUGACCAAGAAUAAGGAGGGCAUGUUGGCGCUCACGCAGCGCUGGGGCGGGGAUGUGCUUUCCCCUGUCAGCGGAUUCGGCAUUUUCUUUGACAAGACGGGUGUGCAGACGCCCUCCGUCUUUACACACUUUGCCUCCAAGCUCGGCGCGCUGCCCGACGUGGCGGUUUUCUUCCAUCUUCACCCCGUCGAGGUCCCCACCGUCCCCGAUGCGGAGCGCUUCCACAUCUCGCGGUUCGCCAAUCUGCCAGGUUGCUACCGCCUCGUCGUGCGACACGGUUUCAUGGACGAAGUCGUUAGUCCCGAUCUCGGCGCGUUGAUCUACGAGCAGGUGCGCAAGUUCGUCGUGCGACAGGCGGCGGCCAAGGCGGCAACUGCGUGCGGGGAGACGACGACGGACGGUUCGUGGGAGGAGACUGAAGGCCCCGUUGAGCUGCGGGACGAAAAGGUCGCGGCGGAACUGGCGAAGCUGGAUCGUGCUUAUUCGCACAAGGUGUUGUAUAUCGUCGGCAAGGGGCAGAUGCACAUUCGGACGGGGACGAGUAUUCUGAGGCGCUUCACCUUGGGUACGUUCUUGUGGAUUCGGGAUAAUACCCGGGCCAAGAUUGCGAAUCUGCGGUUAGCAAUGGACAGAGUCGUUGAGGUUGGGUUUGUCAAGGAGAUUUAA